AAGAAAGAAAGAAAAAGAAUCCCCGGUAAACAAUAUGAACCCAGAAGUUGACGAUCCAACGGUCCUCAUUUCAGGAUGUGUAGGUGGCGCAUCAUCAAAACGACGUCGUAGGGUUCGGCGGAAGGGCAAGAGCGGAGAAACCGGGGAGAGGAACAGGAAGAGGAAGCUGAGCUGGCAGCAGAUAAGCAUGCUGGAGGAGAGCUUCCGGAGCGACCAGAAGCUGGAGACCCGGCGUAAGGACCUCCUGGCAGCUGAGCUGGGCCUGGACCCCCGCCAGGUGGCCGUCUGGUUCCAGAACCGUCGGGCGCGCUGGAGGACCUCUAAAAUGGCACAGGACUACUCCCAUCUCCGCUCCGAGCACCACCACCUCCUCCUUCACAAUCGCAUUCUCGACGCUCAGGUGACUGAGCUGAAGGAACAAGUGCAGAAAGGUGAGAAAGAAAUAAAGAGGCUUUCGGAUCAUGGGUUGACUAGCAAUAGUCAAAUUAGUUCAUCAUCGAUCUUAAUGGAAGCAUCUUGUUGGAUCCUGAAAUUCGGAGGUUCCAAGAACGUUCGUCGAUUUGUCGGUGUGGGUUCCGGAAGUACUCCAAAGAGCCUGUCCGUCGUCGGAUUGGAGGCGGCUCCUACGAUGGAGCCUGCACAGCUUCGAUCGUCCACAAGGCUUCGAGCCUAA